UAUGUACAAAAUUUAAUGAAACUCAAGAGGGAGUAUUUAAGGCUUCCUAUGAAAAUGUUAAAACUCAAAAAAUUAAAAAAUGCAAUGAGAAUUAUACAGAUAGAAAUGAAAAUAUUAUAAAUGAUGCUAACUGUGUGCCAGUAAUUGAUCUUUCAAUUUUCCCUCGUAACCAUGAAUCUUUACAAUCUUCCGACCAAAAUAAUGCAAUUGAAUUUAAAUGUAAUCACGCUUCUAAUAACAAUACGACAGUUCUAGCUCUCCCAGUCUCAACUACAAAUGCUGGUAAGCCUGCAGCAGCCGAUUUCUUGACGAACGGACGAAACAUUGACACGACUCAACGAUACGACGGAACAAAACAACAGUGCGAUAUAGACACUGCCACUUAUCUCAAUAACAAUUUCAUUGAUUCAAAGUUGCAUACAAACGUUCUCCAAAUAAAUUCAACCGACAACCAUGAUGACGAACGAUUAGACAGACUAUUUGACCUAAUGGAUUUUAACCAUUUAAAUAAAAACGAAAUUAGGAGCAUAAUUGCAUUAAUACAAUCUUAUCAAGAUUGCUUCUAUUUGCCUGGAGAACAACUGACUUCGACGCACGUACUGCAACAUCGCAUACCGACUAUAGACGAAUAUCCAAUUAAUACAAAACAAUAUAGAUUUCCUCAAACUCACAAACAAGAAAUUGACAAACAAGUACAAGAACUAUUAGCCAAUAGUAUUAUUCGGCCUUCUCAAUCGCCGUAUAAUACUCCAAUUUGGAUUGUACCCAAAAAGACAGAUCAAUUGGGCAAUAAGCGAUGGCGUAUGGUAUUGGAUUUUCGUUUAUUAAAUGAUAAAACUAUUGGAGACGCUUAUCCGUUACCUAAUAUAAUCGACAUCCUAGAUCAACUCGGUGGAGCUCAAUAUUUUUCUGUAUUUGAUUUAGCUUCAGGAUUCCAUCAAAUUGAAAUGGAUCCUCGCGAUAGACAUAAAACCGCGUUUACCACAUCUUUUGGACAUUAUGAGUUUAAUCGUAUGCCUUUCGGUUCAAAAAAUGCUCCUGCAACUUUUCAACGAUUAAUGGACAUCGUUUUAUCGGGAAUACAAGGACAGGAAGCAUUUGUUUACUUGGAUGAUAUUGUAGUAUAUGCAUCAUCUCUAGAAGAACACAAACAUAAAUUCGAAAAAUUAAUGCAACGACUCAAAGAAGCUAAUUUAAAAUUACAACCCGAUAAAUGUCAAUUUUUACGCAGAGAAGUCAAUUAUUUAGGUCAUGUGAUUAGGAAUGGAGGAGUGAAACCGGAUCCUAAAAAACUAGAAGCUGUACACGAAUUUCCAAUACCAAAAACACCAAACAAUAUUAAACAAUUUUUGGGAUUAACAGAUAAUAAACCUCUAAUGUGGUUUCAGAAUGCUCAGGAUGCGAACAUGCGAAUACUUCGAUGGAGAUUGAAAUUAUCUGAGUAUGAUUAUGAUGUAGUUUAUAAGGCCGGGAAAACUAAUGUAAAUGCGGAUGCAUUGUCACGGAAUCCUAUUGACUCACCUUCAAAGGAUUGCAAGAUGAUAAAUACAAGAAGCAAAUUAAAUCCAAAUGAUCCAAAGGAUGCAGAAAUUAUCCAACGCCUUCUUGCAGAAGACAGCGACACUGAAGAAUCACACGAAGAAGACGGUCACGAAGGACAUCUCACAAAUGAUCACCCACAUAUCGAGGAAUCAACCGAGGAGAACGUUCGCGACACGCAUCCUUCCGACGACCGCGCACUGACUGUGGACUCUCUCGAGAAUAUUUCGCCACUGACCGACGGAGAAACAAUGGAAUUACCAAAAACACAAACAGUGGAGGCCUUGGUCCAUAUGCCUGGACCUACGAAUAUUGAAUGCAGGGAUUCUGCACAGGGACCUACCGAAGACUCUCGGGCUAUUAUGACCCGAAGUCGAGCGAAACAGCUGACCCAAACAGCCGAACUAUAUGAAGAGGUCGUAAAACCGAAGAAACGAAACCUACCGCCGAAACCUCUACCUGAGGACACGGACGAAGAAGAUAAUGACUGCGAACCACUUGCAACAAUUAAUACGAAAUCACAAAGCAAAGAAAGCAAUUUGAUAGACUCCAGAGAUUUACAUUUCCUACGCAAAGAUAAUUUGCUAUAUUUUACAGAUAUUUCAGGGAAUCCUGUGGAUGAUGGAGGAAAUAAAUUAUUCGAAAGACAAGAAAUGCCGAAAGUUACAAAUCUAUCAAUAAGCAUCGCAAAAUUCAUAAAAAGAAACAAGAGGUAUCACAUUAUACUACCGAUUAGCGAAGAUCAGAAGGAAGGCCCAACUAUGAUAUUAAAAAAUAUAACACAAGCAAUAAUCAAUUUGCGACAGACUGCUGAGAGCAUGAAUCUCGCAAGUAUAAGUGUAGCCAAGAGUGGAUAUAUUCUGAAUGUACCAUGGAACGAUAUCAAAACUAAAUUUCAGACAGGAUUCUUGGAUUCAGCCAUACGAAUAAUUAUUUGCAAAGGCUUGAUCAAAUAUCCACCAGGAGAUAUACGCGAAGCAAUACUUCAGGAAAUGCAUUGCACUCCAGUAGGAGGUCACAAAGGAGUAACUAAAACAUACAACAGAAUUCGUCAGAAUUAUUAUUGGGAAAAUCUGAAAUCAGAUGUCCGACGUCAUAUUCGACAAUGUCUGCAAUGCCAGUUAAAGAAAUUGGUCCGAGUAAAAACUAAACAACUUAUGGUAAUAACGGAUACUCCAGGAUGGACAUUCGAUAAAAUUGCCAUGGAUAUAGUAGGAUCAUUACCACGUACUAAAAAUG